AUGCAGUACGAAACGGUUAUUGGGCUUGAGGUGCAUGUGCAGCUGCAUACCCGCAGCAAGAUGUUUUGCGGGUGUCCGGCUGAUUAUCAGGCUGCUGAGCCGAAUACCAGGACGUGUCCGGUUUGCCUGGGUUUGCCCGGGGCGUUGCCUGUCAUCAACCGGCGGGCCGUCGAGUACACCGUGCUGACCGGGUUGGCGUUGAAUUGCCGCAUCCCCGAGUUCACCAAGUUCGAUCGCAAGAACUAUCCCUACCCCGACCUGAUGAAGGGUUACCAGAUUUCCCAGUACGACCUGCCGCUGGCCCUGGACGGGUUUCUGGAGAUUGACGGCGAUACCCAACUUGGUCUGGGACGACGCAGGAUAGGGGUGGAACGGGUGCAUCUGGAGGAAGAUGUGGCUAAGUUGCAGCACUUUCCCCAAGGAUCUUACGACGACCGGGGGGAGGGCUACUCGCUGGUGGAUGUCAAUCGCUCCGGUGUGCCGUUGAUGGAAGUGGUGAGCAAACCCGAUAUGCGCUCCGCGGAGGAAGCCCGCCAGUAUCUAACCUUGCUGCACUCCAUCGUGCAGUACCUGGGCGUUUCAACCGGCAAUAUGCAGGACGGCAACUUUCGCUGCGACGCCAACGUGAGCAUCCGGCCCGUGGGCAGCCAAAUCCUGGGCACCCGCACCGAAGUCAAGAACAUGAACAGCUUCCGCGCCGUCUAUCAGGCGCUGGAGUAUGAGGUGGUGCGCCAGCGCGAGGUCAUCGAGGACGGUGGCGCGGUGGUGCAGGAGACUCGCGGCUGGAUUGAGGAGCGGGAGGUAACGGUCUCCCAGCGCAGCAAGGAGUACGCCCACGACUACCGGUAUUUCCCCGAGCCGGAUUUGCCGCCGCUGCGCAUCGGGCCGGAGCGGGUAGCCGAGCUGGCAGCCGAGUUGCCCGAGUUUGCGCCCCAACGCAGCGCGCGCUUUCAGGCCGACCUGGCGCUCUCGGGGUACGAUGCCGAUCUGUUGGCGGGUUCCCGCAGUAUGGCCAAUUACUUCGAGACGACGCUGACGCUGCGAGACGCUGAUGCCGCCGACCGGGCCGCCACAGCCAAGGAGGUUGCCAACUGGAUGCUUGGCGACCUGGCCCGGCUGCUGAAUCAGGACCAUCGGGAAAUCGACGCAUCGCCGGUUACACCGCAGCGGUUGGCCGAUCUGCUGGCGCUGGUCGCCGAUGGCACGCUGUCCACAUCGCUGGCCAAGACCGUGCUGGAGGAGAUGUACGCCACCGGGGGCGAGCCGGCCGACAUCGUGCGGGAGCAAGGACUCGGUCAGAUUAGCGAUACCGGGGCCAUCGAGGCCGCCGUCGCCGAGGCCAUCGCCGCCAAUCCGAAGGCGGUUGCCGACUACAUCAGCGGCAAGGACACCGCCGCCCGCUUUUUGAUGGGGCAGGUGAUGCGGCUCACGAAGGGACAGGCGCAGCCCGAACUGGCCUUGCGCUUGGUGCAGGAGGGUUUGGAAUUGCAGAAGACGCGGGGUUCGCUUGAACCGUAG